GCCGAAUCAAGAAGUGGGAAAGAACUAAGAAGGUGCGAAUGGCAUUGACUCCACCACCUCAUGAUGCAACAACAAAUCCGUUUCUACUAAUAAGAUCUAUCAGCAGCAGCAAUAAUGCCAUGCUAUCUAAAGAAGAAGAAGAAGAAGAGAAGGAGAAUAAUAAAGGGGAGCCACAUACCAAUAAUUUGUGUGCCGUGAUUAAUCACUAUAUCCACACUCUCAAUCACUUUAACUUGCGAAACUUGGGCUACCCCCUUAAUCAGAAUUUCAACUACGAUGCAUUGGCACCAUUGCUAAGAUUUCACCUGAACAAUGCGGGUGAUCCAUUUUUAGGAAGCACGGUGUGCCUAAAUUCAACAUCAUUUGAAGUUAGUGUGCUUGAUUGGUUUGCAAAUUUGUGGGAGAUACAAAACAACAAGUACUGGGGAUACGUCACCACUGGUGGAACUGAAAGCAAUCUUCACGCCAUUUUAUUAGGGAGAGAAAAAUUUCCUGAUGGAAUUCUAUAUACUUCACAAGAUUCGCAUUAUUCAAUAUUCAAAAUUGCAAGAAUGUACCGAAUGCAAUGUGUCAAAGUUGGAACUUUGGUCUCCGGUGAAAUUGAUUGCGCUGAACUAAAAGCUUCAUUACUUGCUCACAAGGACCAUCCAGCCAUCAUCAAUCUUAACAUAGGUACAACAAUGAAAGGAGCUGUUGACGACAUUGAUCUUGUAAUACAAACAUUGGAGAAAAAUGGUUUCAGUCGUGAUCGAUUCUACAUUCACUGUGAUGGAGCUCUAUUUGGAAUCAUGCUCCCCUUUCUCAAACAAGUGGUUAUGGUGACUGAAUUACCUUAG